AGCGUUUAUUUCUGUGAAAGUUUUAUUAAAUCACAGAAACUAUUGUAUAGUUAAAAUGACGCAAAUAUAUGUAUAAUAUAAAGUGUAGGUGUGAAUAAAAAAAGAAAUAUAGGUGUGGUAUUACCGGUAUAUAUAGAUAUAAUAUACGACAGUGCGCGCGUGUGUGUACCUAACCCCGAUGUCAUCACAAAAAUGGACUAAUAAAAUAUUUAAUACAAAUCUUCUGCUAAUUAAACAUAUAUGAUUGUGACACGUAAAUUAUACCUAGCAUUUCCGGAAAAGUAAUGCGUUGGCUAAGACGACAACGUUGGCGAAGGAUUUAUUUUCCUGUUGAUAACAACAGGUUGAAAAAAUAAAAAAGUAAACAAUUAAUAUUUUGCACUUGAAAAAACAAAAAAAGAAAGUGCAUUUUUGUCGCGUAUUUUUCUUUUUUCACAAUGGUUCUCGGAAGUUUUCGCUAUCGUAUUUUAAUUGGCAUUAUUUUAAUAAUUAUAUUUUGGCAAUCAUCGAAAUUAUGGACUUCACGCAGGGAUGUGAAAAAUAUCUCUAAUCAGGCGAAUAAUGAAAACACAUCGGCAGAAUUAAAUUCAAAAGAACCGGCUGUGGAAAAAAUUCUCGUUACUGUUUUUUACGAGGCAUUGUGUCCCGAUUCACGAAGUUUUUUUGUUAAACAAUUGUUUCCUACAUUUGAGAGAAUUGCCGAAAAUAUGAUAAUUAAAGCAAUACCAUAUGGAAAAGCAACGACAACAAAAACUAAUGAGGGUUUUAAAUUUGAAUGUCAACAUGGACCAGUUGAAUGUGAGGCAAAUAUGAUUCAUGCAUGUUCAAUAGAUGUGAUAAAAAAUCCAAAACAACAAUUAGAAUAUUUAACGUGUAUGAUUAAAAAAAAUUAUGAACCACAAAAUAUUAUGAAAAGUUGCGCUGAAAAUAUGGGAAUAAAUUAUCAGCCAAUACUUGAUUGUUUUUUGUCAAAGGGAGAAAAAUUAUUGGCUGAAUAUGGAGAAUUUACAAAAGCCAAUCGAAAAUGGAUUGAUUUUAUACCUACCAUUUCGCUCGAUGAGAAUUUCAAUAAUCAACCGGCGAUUUUGAAAGAUUUACAUAAACAGGUUUGUCUUCUUUUGAAGAAUCCACCAAAGGGUUGUUUUUAAUUUAAGACACAAAUUAGCAACUAAUAUACUUCCAUUUACUUCGCAUUGAAAGUUGAAAAAAAAAAUAUAUUUGUAAAUGUUGAAAUACUUUUUUUAAAAAAAAUUCUAAUAGUAAUUAAUAAUAAUAAAAGAAAGAAAAUUUCUUUCUUUUGUUUAAUAAUAAGAAAACAAAGAAAAAUUUCCUUCUUUGUUUAUAAUAAUAAGAAAAUCGAAAAUUUAGAAAAAGAAAUUAUUGAAAAUAAAAAGAAAUCGAUUAUAAGAAAUCAAAGAAAUUGUCAUCGAUAAAGAAGUUAAAUAAAAUUUUGAAAUUGUAUAAAAUUUGUGAAAAAAAACUCAGGUUAAUUAAUAUCUAAUCUAAUUGCAUAUUAAAAAAAAUACUGUUAUCUCUAUCU